CGUAGGCGGCGCCGCAGCCCCAGCCCGCCCGGCUCAGCGAUCUGCGGGGCCCCGCGCUGCUCUGCUCCCCUGGUGCUCCGUUCCCGCACCGGGCGCCGAGACGUCCCGGAGAGUUUGCCCCGGAGCGCGGGCAAGUUUCUUCCUCAGCCCGCUCUGCCCGAGCGGUACCUGGAAAACGCCGGGGACGGAUGCCGAGGUUACUUUGAGGAAUGGGCCCCAAGAUAUCAAGAAAAGAUUGAAACUCCAUGGAGAAAUAAGCCAUGUAGCCUUGGCAUUUGGACAUGAAGAGAAACACAGCCAUCUGAAGUGGUCAUGAACCCCAAACAAGUCUUCCUUUCUGUCCUGCUGUUUGGGGCAGCAGGGCUUCUGCUCUUCAUGUAUCUGCAAGUCUGGAUUGAAGAACAGCACACAGGGAGAACCGAGAAGAAAAGAGAAAAAGGAACAUCAGAAUGGCGGCCCAUACAGUCCUUGCAGCGUGUGUCCAGGAUGGUGACUACAGGGAAAAUCCAGGAACACAUCACCAAUCAGAACUCCGAGGUAUACAUGCCUGAGGACCUAAACAAGAAAACAGGAAAUCCAAUCAACUUGGGGAGACCCACUAGGGUUUUAAGGAAAAGCAGCUAUUCACAAGGGGAGAACAGAGCUCCCCAGUCAUCAACAGAUAACUCAAUAGGAACACAUCAAGGAGCUGAGCCCAUUGAAAUGAACUGGCCACUGGUCACUCAGCCCUUAAACACAAGUUCAGUCCAAGGCCACAGAUGGCAGAAAGCAGGUGCAACCCAAGAGAAACGUAGGUCUUUCCUUCAUGAGUUUUGCAAGAAAUACAGUGGAGUAAAUGAUCCCCAGUCCAACAUUUUUCAAAUGGUAUCCAGGAUCUAUGUAGAAGACAAACACAAAAUCCUGUACUGUGAAGUACCAAAGGCUGGUUGCUCUAAUUGGAAAAGGGUUCUGAUGGUCCUAAGUGGAUUGGCUUCCUCUGCGUACAAUAUUUCUCAUGGCACUGUGCACUAUGGGAAGCAUCUGAAGACAUUAAAUAGCUUUGACUUAAAAGGAAUAUACAUGCGUUUGAAUACCUAUACCAAAGUUGUAUUUGUUCGAGAUCCCUUGGAAAGAUUAGUGUCAGCAUUUAGAGAUAAAUUCGAGCAUCCCAAUAGUUACUACCAUCCAGUAUUUGGGAAGGCAAUUAUAAAGAAAUACCGACCAAAUGUCUAUGCAGAAACAUUAAAUAAUGGAUCCGGAGUGAAAUUCAAAGAAUUCGUCUACUAUUUGCUGGAUGCACACCGUCCAGUAGGAAUGGAUAUCCACUGGGAAAGGGUCAGCAAACUGUGUUAUCCAUGUUUGAUCAACUACAGCUUUGUAGGGAAGUUUGAAUCAUUAGAAGAAGAUGCCAAUUACUUUCUCCAGCUGAUUGGUGCUCCAAAGGAGCUGAAAUUUCCAAACUUUAAGGAUAGACACUCCUCUGAUGAAAGAACCAGUGCUCGAGUGGUAAGGCAGUAUUUAAAGGACCUGAGUAGAGCGGAGAGACAGCUCCUCUAUGACUUUUACCACUUGGACUAUUUGAUGUUUAAUUACACAGCUCCACAUUUGUAAUUUGCAUUCAUUUUCUAAAGCCCUGCAUUGACUUAAUGAUGAUGGCCUGAAAUCAACUACUGUAAUUUUCCUACAAUUCUCUGUAUGGGGGAAAUUUAACUAAGUGAAGUUGUCUUGAUUGAAUGAAGAUUUUUUUCUAAACCAAAGAGUAUGACAGCAAUUGGCACAAAGUUAUUGGAAAAUCAUCUCAAGGAGACAUGUAAACAACUUGAUGUGCUUUUAAAUGUUGGAGAAAGAGCUGUUUUGGCAUCAUGACUUAUACCAUGGAAGCAAUAAUGUAGCCAGCUGUUACAUUAACCAAGAAAGCCUCUUGCAUGUAAAAUAAGGGGGUCAAAAAUGGAGAGAACUAUGUAUCCAAAUCCUGGCAUCUAUCAUCUACCAUGCAAGCAUCUAUUCUUAGCAGUCUGUGGCACAUGCGUCAGAUGACUGGGUGGUGUUCUUACUCCUGAAUCUCCCUAUCUACUGUGAUGAUGAAUCCAUUGUGAAAUGUUUGGGCAUAGGCAUUUUACUAUCGAUCUGGAGGCAUUCCGUGAUUUACAAUAUAACAAUAGAGCAGAAAAACAGAUGAAGCUCUGGCUUUUUUUUUUUU